AGCAGGGGGGUGGGCGCAGCGCUGAGGGAGAAGGCGUAGUGCAAGGGCUCCGCCGACUUUGUGGGUGUUUGCUGGGAGCGCUGCCGCGGGAGCUGGGCGCUGCGGGUGACCCGUCCCGUCGCGUCGCGUCCCGCUCUGCGCCGCCCUGUCCCGUCCCGUCCCGUCCCGUCUCGUCUCCUCGUUGGUAGCGCCUCGAGCCGCCCUGCGCUUCUCUCUGCACCCGGCCUUCCUGCCCGGGGGUCUCCUGAGCCUGCAAAAUGGCUGACGGCCGGGACAGCGCCUCGGACCAGCUGAAGCAGUGGCAGAGCCAGCGGGGCUCGCAGAAACCAGAUGUCUUGACCACUGGUUCUGGGAACCCAAUAGGGGAUAAGCUUAAUAUCCUGACAGUAGGACCACGUGGACCUCUUCUUGUUCAGGAUGUUGUUUUCACUGAUGAGAUGGCUCAUUUUGACAGAGAGAGGAUUCCCGAAAGAGUUGUGCAUGCAAAAGGAGCAGGAGCCUUUGGCUAUUUUGAAGUGACUCAUGAUAUUACCAUAUACUGUAAGGCAAAAGUGUUUGAACACAUUGGAAAGAGAACUCCAAUUGCUAUAAGAUUCUCCACUGUUGCUGGAGAGUCUGGGUCAGCUGAUACAGUUCGUGAUCCUCGAGGCUUUGCCAUGAAAUUCUAUACAGAGGAGGGCAAUUGGGAUCUUGUGGGAAAUAAUACUCCUAUUUUCUUUAUUCGGGACACAAUGUUGUUUCCAUCCUUCAUCCAUAGCCAAAAGAGGAACCCUCAAACUCAUUUGAAGGAUCCAGAUAUGGUGUGGGACUUCUGGAGUCUUCGCCCUGAGUCUUUGCAUCAAGUGUCUUUCUUGUUCAGUGACCGUGGUAUCCCUGAUGGAUAUCGCCAUAUGAAUGGAUAUGGAUCACAUACAUUUAAACUGGUUAAUGCUAGUGGAAAAGCAGUUUACUGCAAAUUCCAUGCGAAGACUGAUCAGGGCAUCAAAAACCUUUCUGUUGAAGAAGCAGGAAGACUGGCUUCUGCUGAUCCUGAUUAUGGAAUACGUGAUCUCUACAAUGCCAUUGCCAAGGGAGACUAUCCAUCCUGGUCUUUUUACAUUCAAGUUAUGACAUUUGAGGAAGCAGAGAAGUUUCCAUUUAAUCCUUUUGAUUUAACUAAGAUUUGGCCUCAUGGUGACUACCCUCUCAUCCCUGUGGGAAAGCUUGUCUUAAACAGGAAUCCUGUCAAUUACUUUGCAGAGGUAGAACAAAUGGCAUUUGAUCCUAGCAACAUGCCACCUGGUAUUGAACCUAGCCCUGACAAAAUGCUGCAGGGUCGUCUUUUUGCAUAUCCUGACACUCAUAGACACCGUCUGGGACCUAACUAUCUACAAAUUCCUGUGAAUUGUCCCUUCAGAACUCGUGUGGCCAAUUAUCAGAGGGAUGGACCAAUGUGUGUGUCUGACAACCAAGGUGGUGCCCCAAACUAUUAUCCAAAUAGUUUUACUGGUCCAGAAGAUCAGCCCAACGUGAAGGAGAGCCGCAUGUCUGUUUCAGGUGAUGUGCAACGCUUCAAUAGUGCAAAUGAAGAUAAUGUGUCUCAGGUGCAAGUAUUCUAUACCAAAGUACUGACGGAGGAUGAACGCCAAAGACUGUGUAAAAAUAUUGCCGAUCAUCUUAAGGAUGCUCAACUUUUCAUUCAGAAGAGAGCUGUGAAAAACUUUACUGAUGUUCAUCCUGACUAUGGUGCCCGUAUUCAGGCACUACUGGACAAAUACAAUGCUGAAGCUGGGAAAAAGGAUGUAAUUAGGACAUACACACAAUCCACAUCUGUGUCUGCCAAAGAAAGAUCCAACUUGUAAACUGUGCUACAGAGACUUAUUCUGUUCUUGAAUUUUGCAUCCACAUAACUGCAGGACACCCUGCUGAAGACAUUAAUGAAUGUAGCAGAUUUCCACACAAAUAUACAAGUGUUUUACAGGCUUGAUUUAUUGAGUUUUCAAGUGCCUAUACUGGUAUGGGAAAUGGAAAGUAACUCAAACUAACAACCCUAGUGCCUUUCAACACUAGUGCUCUAAUGUUUGUUAAGGAAACAUGUUUUUAAGGAAACCUAUAAUUAAAAAUAGUCUUCACUUCUAGAAGCAAGCAUAAGUUUAAUCAAAAUACUGCUUUUUUGUUUGUUUUUUCAUUGCAAGACUUUUCUGGUUACAUUACAGAAUAGAAUUCCUAUACUGAUACUAUGAUUAUCAUUACGGCCCAUGUUCAUGUUAAUAAAUUGAUGUUGCUCAUUAUUUCUAAUAAAAUAGAAUUGACAUUUUGUAUUUUUAGACAUUACUUCUGGAAGAUAAAAAUGAAAUUCAAAGGAAAACAAUACAUGUGCAAUAGUUUGCUUAAAAUAUUGUGUAUUUCUAGUUCCUUAUGUAACAAUGAAGCUAACUAAAAAGUUUAAUCUCAAUAUAUAUUGAUUUUAUUCCUAACACCUAUUUUAGGAUAGUGAAGCUUUGCAUAUUUACUAGUUCUGGGUUGGAUAUAACUGUCGUGAGUGAGAUAAGAAAGAAUAUUUUUCUAACUCCAUAUGCUUCACAGCAAAACUGAUUACAUCUUAAGAGUCUUUAGAGGAGAGGAAAAAAAUUGUCCUUCCUAGUCUAUAAGAAUUUGAAUGGAAAAUAUUAAUUUUUCAAAUAUCUGAGAAACUAAUCUCAGGAUAAACAUUUUUAUUUUGGCUAAAUUCAAGCUCAGGCAGCUUUAAAACUAUUCCCUACAGUUUUUGAAAUCCUGUUAUUUUACUGGCAUAAUCUUAUGUUGCUAUUUAUUAUUCAAGCCGGAGCUGUUUUUCUUUUCAAAAAAAAUCACUCUUUCACUGAAAUGGUGUGUGUUUAUAUAGGCAUAUAUAAAAGCCCUCUGAUUUUAUGAAUAUUACUGUUGUCUAGUGUUUGCAAUUUAGUUCAUCAGUGCAAAAGGAUUUGGAACCCUUUGGACUGAAAAGUGUUCCCUGUUACCACUUAGAUCCAAAAGAGUUUCUUUAGUGUAGUAGUAUUAUCUUCAGUCUUUAAGUAUAAUUGCCAAUUAGCUCUUAGAAACUGAGAUGAAAAGAAAGUGUUUAUACUUGAGAACUUAGAGCAAGAAUUGAAUGACCAUUAUGGAAUUUCUGGAGUUAUAUUGGUUGAAUAUAUACAAUGUUGGACUAAAAGCACAUCAUGAGCAUCUGAAUGCUUUACUGUAAAAGGGUACAACAAAAGCAAGGCUUAAAUUACUGAUUUAUAAGUGCUAAAAUCCCACCUUGAUUUUUUUUCUUAGGUAGUUAUUUGGGAAGGAUUAUUCUGUUAUGGGGUAAUCAUGUUCAAGCUGAUUGUUUGAGUUUUGGAUAAAAACCUAUCAUACCCGUUGCAUGCUGAAGUUAGUCAGAACAGACAAAAAUGUCUUUGAAGUGCACUCGGCAGGACCAGGCAAUUGCCACAUCUCAAGUCCUGGCCAGUUUUAAUGACUGUUCUCUCUGCUAUUUUGUCCUCUUCCAUUGCCAAAGAAAGAUCACUGUAAAUGUGUAAUUAGUCCAGAUGCCAGUUCCACAGCGUCACGUCUAGUUUGAUGUAUUUGCUUUUCUUAUUUGCCUGCUGAUAAUGCCUCAUUACCAUUUGGAUUGCAAGAAGCAUGAAUGAUGAUGCAAAGAGUUUCAGAGCUCAGCUACUAGUUCUCAACUCAACCAAAUGUUAUACAAAUUUCUCAAAUCAUAGCAGCUUCUCAAUAUUGGGAACAUUUGUGUGUCCUUGAACUGAAUUUUGAAUAGGAAUACUUCCUGUGUUGUGGUGUGUGUGUUUUUUGUUUUUGUUUUUUUUUUCUGUAAGUGUGAAUUGGCUUUCCAAGAAGUGAUGGCAGAUAAAGAAGAGUUGGUAUUAAGUGUUGUUUCGUUAAGUGGAAGCAUUGUAGAAAGCUACUCUUGCUUGAACUCAUUUAUAUUUUAACCUGUUGUGAAAAAUUGAUGGGCCAUGUGAUAGAUGCAGUAAAAUAAUAUAAAAUGAUAGUCUGUUUUACUGUGUGAUUCAGUAAAUUUUUACCUGAUCAGGCUAGUAGGAUCAGCUGAAAGCCACAUAAAUGGGUAGGAAUACUUCUUGCUGGAACAUAGAAUCCUAAUAACUCUUGGAAGAGAAUAAGCCAGACUUGAUCUUUAAUUUUGGUGGUUUCUGCUAGAUAUUGUCUUGUUUAUAUUUCUGAAAUAAAGAACUGAAUUUAAAAAUC